UGCUUGAACCUUAAUUGAACCUUUUUAUGUCAAUGUUUUUGUAGAAAACUGAGAAGCAAGUUCUAGAAAUUGUUUAUGGAAUGACCCAGGAUUGGUCUUACACAGUUAUCCCAAUAAUGACUCCAUAUGAGCGCAGUCGUGUUUUAAAACAGUUGAUACCUCAUAUAGAGUACCAAGUUAUGAUUCGGUUUGAGAAUGAGACGAGUGAAACAAUAGUAUUCUACACCUAUGAAAUAUUUUGGGAUGCUGGGAAACAAGGAACUAUUGUGGUAAUUGUUCUAAUACUCUGGAGUCUCAUCAUAUUAUCCUUCAUGAAAAGAUGGGGUAAAAUCACUGAACAUCUCCCUUAUCAGCCUGUAUACAGUGCUGAAAUGGCGGAGAAAAUAGCCCAAAAUGAACUGAGGCUGAUAACACAGCUCUCAUUUGGACCUCUUGACUUUGAUAAUUUGUCUUUUGGAUCUUUACACCGGAAUUCAUCAGCAAACCUAAAAAUAAAAUCAAUGCAUUGUGUGCCUAACACAGGAUUCAGGCAAUUUUUAUCUGGUUUUUAA